CAUGGUGCAAUGGCACCUGGGGGGGGGCUUUAUGAGAGUCACAUUGGUCUUGAUUGAAAUCCUACAUUGAAUUGGGCCAACAGUGAAUCGUCCGAGCAGUGCAUGGGAUGGACUUGGAAGCUCUCUCGACCGCCAAUCCACGAUUGAGUCUGUUGUUACGCGAAAGUUUUAUCCAGUUUAUGAGGGUAGUUAUGCAAAUCGUUAUUAAUAAUGUGGGACAGGCAUCCCUUGGCAUGCGCAUCUGGUCGAUCUGCCUGGUUGGUCUCAAUCAGUCAUAGUCUGAGGACAGGGAUGAGGGUCUCGGUGCAGGGAGGCAAAAGAUGGAUGCCUGCGGCAUUCCCGAUAAGCAAUAUCCAAGGUGGUACAGUAUCUUGCAAGGAUCCCCACACCAAAGAGGAGGUAGAUAGAUUGGGAGACUGCGAGGUUACGAAAUCUCAAGCCGUCUUGCAGCCCCCUGGUCGACGCAGGGUCUUUCACGGCUUCACAUUUAGGGUCCGACGGGCACUAUACAUUGUCUAUCUCAGCCUCUAUCGAACAAGACGUCUGAGGCCACGGGCUGAUGAAUCUCCCCAGGAAAAGAAGAAUACGUCGCGAGGUCGCACAGUCCAGCAAGACGCCAAGAGUAUGCUGCGUGGGUUAGCGUUCGGAAGGCUUCAGGUUUGCGAAAUUCACCGGGGUUCCUCCGCGGCAGACGAUCCCCAACCCGCCCGGUCAAACAGGAAGCUAUCCCGUUCACAACGGUCGCGAUGCAAUAUCGGAGCAGGACAUGUCUUGCCGCGAUAAGAGGAUGAUUUGUAGGCCACAGAAGUGGAUUGACGGGCCGGGAUGCAGUCAACUGGUGAGCUAGUCUGCUGGCAGUAUCGAUCUGCCUGCCCUAUGGAAGC